UGAAGGCUAUUAAUGGUUGCCCUUUUUUGUAGCACCACUACACACCCUGGCAUACGGUGAACCAUACGGUUGGUGACGUCAGAGCGUAUAGGGACUACUUUAAAAAGAGGUUCCAUUCAAAAUGCAACAGAAUGGCCGUCUUUCUUAAUUGUGUUUUAAUUUCAUAAAAGAUCAAUCAAGAACUCAGAAACAAUUGGAUAAAAGGGCAUUUCCACCCCUUAAGAUUACAUGAUUUUUCGAUUUUUGGUUUUGUUUUGCAGGGUUUGCUUAAAACCCUACUGGGUUUGGGACCCUUAACUCCUAGGAAGAUAUGGUAAAACCCCCUUCCUAUCCUAAAAUGGAAUCCCCUACAUUGUUUAUGAGACAGUGUUCAUUCUUUUUCAAGUGCCCAGCUGAAAUGAGUUGAAUAUUACAAAUUCAGACGUCCACGUUGCAUAUAUUAGUGGCCUAGUGCAGUCGAACCAAGCAUACAGAUCGAGGAUCACCACAGGUCGACUGCCAUCAUCGCAAACAUGAUACUCCUUGUCGUCCUUAUCGUGACGUCAUGCCAGGCAGACAUGAUGAAUGACACGCAACUGAUAUGUUACCUGGAAGAUCUUAUCACGAGUGAUGAAUGGACACAUCUGGAACCGACUAUUACCAUUGCAGAUACCACUGAAGUCAGGGUGGAGGACAGCCGAGAUCCCGUGGAGGUGCUCGGGCAGUUCAAGAGUGUCCAGCCCGUCUCAAUAGGUGAACGGGACCUGCUCACAUUCUUGGGUACUGCACAAGCUGACUUCAUCACCAGGAUCGACUCAGCAGUGGCAGACGACCUGGUCGACCAGGUGAUCCACCGGCUCCAUCCGGCCGCCGAUGCCCUGGUCUGUGGCAAAUCGAGCCAAAGAUACCGGACGCCAGACGGCAGCUGUAAUAAUCUAAAACACCCAAGCUGGGGAAUGGCGAACCUACCACUCGGGAGAUUCCUGCCCUCCGCGUAUGACGACGGCAAAAAAUCCCCGCGAAGAUCCUCCGAUGGUCACGAGCUGCCAAGCGCGAGGAAGGUCUCCAUCAGUGUGACUGACGAAGAUGGAGAACUGGUGGCCAGCAGAUACAGCGCUCUCAACGUCCACUUUGGCCAGCUGCUUAGCCAUGAUCUUGACCUUGUCCCACAGGUUGCAGGUAAAUGUUCUAAUUGCAAGAAGUCCGACAUUUGCCUUCCCAUCCUCAUCCCUCCCAGUGAUCCCGUGUUCGUCGAUCAAAAGUGUAUCAAUUUCGUACGCUCCCUCGGGGCACCGUCUCGAUACGGGGACCAGCCAUGGGCCUGCCAGCAGACCAAUAGGCUCGCGUCGUACCUGGAUGCUUCGUUUGUGUACGGAUCUAGCAGCGCGACUAUGAGUUCACUAAGGAUACCCGGAGAUCCACAGGGUUUGAUGCGCGUGACACCAAACCCCUCCUCUUCGAAGAUGGACUUGCUUCCACCGGACAAUGACAUUCCAAACUGCGCCGGCCAAGACGGUCCCAUCUCCUGUGGGAAGGCCGGCGACUCACGAGCAGCCGAGACGGUUGGACUUACUUCGCUGCACACUGUUUGGCUACGGGAGCACAACCGCAUCGCCAGGCAACUCUCUCGCAUCAACCCCCACUGGGACGGGCAGACGAUCUUCAGUGAGGCUCGGAAGAUCGUCGGCGCCGAAUGGCAGCAUAUUGUCUACAACGAGUACCUACCGCUUCUGCUAGGUAGACGGUUCGCAAGGCAGCACCGGCUGGAUGUGAAUCUUGAGACGAGACCCGAGUACGAGUAUAACGGCGACGUGGAUGCUACCAUCCGCAACGGAUUCGCCACGGCUGCGCUUCGGCUCGGGCACAGCCAAAUACCGACCACCAUCUGGCGGGUGGACCAAAAUUUUGAGCGUGUAUUUAGUGACCUCCAGUUAAAAGAAACCUUCUUCAAUGCAACCCAUAUCUACGACGCACAAGGCGGCGGGCCGGACUCCAUUCUGAGGGGGAUGCUCGUUCAACCUCUGAAUAAAGUGGAUCACUUCUUUUCUUCCGCAGUGAGAAAACACCUCUUUGAAGAUCCAAAACAAGGCUUUGGUCUGGAUCUCGUCGCAUUGAACAUUCAAAGAGGUCGGGAUCACGGACUUCCGGGGUACGUUCGAUUCAGAGCUGAGGUGUGUGGAUUGAGUUUGAUUACUGCUUGGGAGGAGCUGGAGGGUGUCCUGCCGCCGGGGAUUGCCAGACGUCUGAGAGACAUUUACAGUUCCGUCGAUGAUAUCGACCCUUUCGUGGGCUUCUUUGCCGAGUUGCCCUGUCCUGGCGCACUGGUAGGGCCAACUCUCGCCUGCCUCCUUGGCAAACAGUUUAGCUACCUCAAACAAGGGGACCGCUUCUGGUAUGAGAACACCGAAGGCCAGCAAGCAUUUACCCACGACCAGCUAGAGGAAAUCCAGCAGGCCAGCAUGGCCCGUGUGUUAUGUGACAACACAGACGAUAUGCUGCAGAUUCAACCCUACGCAUUCCUUAUGGCAGAAUCCUUGCGUGUGUACAGAAGGUGUCGUUUCAGGGGAUGGUUGGCCAGAAGAAAAGGAAUAAGAACCCGAUGCAGGGUUGCGGGAAGCGGGUCAAGGCCUGGAGGCUAUUGGGCUGCACAAAGGAGUGAGUAUGAACACGAAUCUUUCGUUGAAUACAGCAAGUAUUAUCGCUAUCCCAAUCGAAACGGUCGACUAAAGGGAUUCUCCAACCGAUGGGCCAGCUGUCUGGACGAAACGAGGAUUCCGAAGAUGAACCUCAACGCCUGGGCAGAACAAUGAAUGAUCUUUUCACAUUUCACUGAUGGCAUCACUAUAGCCACGCAUCUCUCUACCGUCAAACUGUACCCUUUUCUAGUUUCAAAUGGCGAGGUUCAUACUUAUAUUUCAUUUUAACAUCAGUCGCUUUAGGAUAAAGGAAAUGCACACCAUAUGCAAAAAGAAAGUGUUUUUGGCAAUUCAAGGAACAACAAAACAUAGAUAAUGAAGCAGGUUAUUAAAAACCAACCUGUCAAAAUGUCAAUUUAGUAGAUAUACUUUUUGAGAAAACUUAAAUACAUCUUCAUUUCUUUUCUCAACGCAAAAUAUGGGUUUCCGUUGUAAGCGAAAUAGUACUAACCUGCAUCAUGAGGAAAUGAUGAUCAAUUCUGGCAAAUGACAGAGCGUAAUAGACACGGUGAUGUUCACAGGAUGCUCGAUCCUACAUUGUAUUUACUUACAAUCAAUUAGGAUAGUUCGUGAUUUUUUGACAGUUUCAUUUAAAAUGUUUGCAAAUGAUAUCCAUUUACCUUUAAGAUAAGCUACUGAUGGAUUUAUUUCAUGUAUAAAUACAUUUUUAAACAGUUCAAUGUAUCAACCUUAUAAACUGUGCGGUAAAUAAAAGUUCACGCUAAGUUUAUAAAGCUCACUUUCAGUCAAGGUGGAUUAGUUGCGUCUGGCCGAUUGUCACAAGAAACCCUAGGCACACUGAGUUUACAUUCAAGGCUGAAUCACUUCCCUCACUGGCUGUCCCUAGAUCGACCAUAGAACAAGGAACUCUAGGGAUCGGCUAAAUGCAUGCCACCGUUACCACAUUGUGUGGUAAAACUGAUUUUACAGUACUGUGACCAGUCUUUUUGACUCACUAUGUCAGUUACGUUAACCAUUCGUAUAUUUUGUUUCGUUCAAUGUGGUGCGACAAGAACCAAAUAUCAAGCCUUUGAUUUUCAUUAAAAAUUAAAGUAAGUAGGCCUACAGAUAUCUCAGAAUAUAAAAUGUAGUGCACUUUUUAAAUGUACGGUGUCCUUUUUGUGGUUGACGAACCUUCGGACAGAAUUGGUUAAUGCAUGGAUAGUUUAGUUUAUAGUGUUAAAUUUGCUUAACAUCCUAAGUAUAUAAUUAGUUUAAUAUAAGUACUAUUAAAAAGAGUGGAUCGCUCUACCGCAAUAACA